AUGCCCAUCUUCCACCGCAAAUCCACCGCCUCCUCCUCCCACGGCACAGACAACCACACCUCCGCCCUCCACGCCCUCUUCAGCCCACACACCUCCUCCUCUUCCCCCCCAUCCCCCCACUCCUACGCCUCCAACCGCGCCUCGCGAAGCUCCAGCUCCAGCGGCCGCAGCGGCCAGAGCCACAGCCACAGCCACAACCACCGCAAACAUCACCACCACAGCAGCCGCCACCGCAGCAACAGCAUCUUCCACCGACACGGAGAAGAAGAAGACCCCUCUAUCAGCGCAGCAAGAAAGCAAGUGACGCGCGCCGAGGCGAUGGAGAAAGAAGCCAGUAAGGCGCUGAUGGCGACGAGACAGGCGGUACAUGAUGCAAGGGAGCAUGUUAGGAGGCUGGAUAGGGAGGCGUCUGAGGAGGCACGUCUCGCGCGCAUCAAGCAACACCAGGUGAGGAGUAUCUCCAAGCGAGCGAAGCCUCUUGGUAGGAGUUUGUAG